AUGUUCAGUGUUUCAGGCGUCCGUGUGUCUGUCUCUGUGUGUCUGUGUCUCUGUGUGUGUGUGUGUGUGUGUUUGUUUUUGCUCUCGGGGGGGGGGGGGGGGGGGUACACCUGCUUCGCUGCCCAGCUUGAACACAGCAGCCACGUCGCUCGGGCUGCCCUUCACUCUGAAGCGGGGUUGGGGGCGCGCGCCUUCCUCAACGCCAUGCCCUCAGGACGCACGCGCAUGGAGCCUGCCGCCUUCAUUGCCGAGUUGCGAAUCCGCCUGGGGGUGCCCGAAGCCACUGAUGAUUGCUGGUGUCCUCGCUGCGAUGGGGUCUUGGACUGCUGGGGCUACCACGCUGGCAUGUGUGUGGCUGGCGGCGAACGGACUCUGAGACACAACGCUGUCCGUGACCUUGUGUGUUCCUGGGCUGAGCGGGCUGGCCUUCGGCCGGAGAAGGAGCGCCCGAACCUUCUGCUGCCCACUUGCCCUGAAGACACGCAGACAGGCAGACGUCGCCCUGCCGAUGUCUUUCUGCCUGCCCUUGCUGGGUCUCCCGCUGCGCUUGACUUCGCUGUUACAGCGCCUCAGCGGCAGGAGACCCUAGCACUGGCAGGCAGGGAGACAGGCGCGGCGGCUGCUGCCUACGCCCGCCACAAGGAGGCGCACUUGGGCACUGCGCAGGCCUGUGAGGGCCAGGGCGUGGUGUUUGUGCCGAUGGUGGUGGAAUCCACAGGCACAUGGGACAAAGGUGCGGGCAUCGUCCUCCAGCACAUUGCGCGGGCUGUGGCUGCGCGGACUGGCGAGGAGCCCCAGCGUGCACAUUCCGCCCUCAUGCAGGAGCUGUGCGUUCUGAUCCGUGCCCAUCGGGCGCGGGCGGCCCUGCGCCGCCGCGCUGAAGCUGCGGAGACAUGA